AUGAAGACAAAGGCUUUCUUCAACGAUCCGGCUCAUAUUGUCGACCAUAUGUGUAAAUCGCUGGCGCAACAAAACCCAACACUGCGAUUUGACGCCACAAACAAAGUCCUCUAUCGUCCAACCAAUCACACCAAGGGAAACAAAGUGAGUAUAAUCAGUGGUGGUGGCUCCGGCCACGAACCCGCCCACGCCGGAUACGUCGGCGAAGGGAUGCUCGACGCAGCCGUAUGUGGCAAAGUCUUCGCAUCGCCCAAUUUCGACCAAAUUAUUUCAGCAUUCGAUCAUGUCGCAACACCAAGAGGAAUCCUCGUCAUUGUCAAGAAUUACACCGGCGACAAGCUUAACUUUGGUCUUGCUUCUGAGACAUAUCAAGCACAGACAGGGAUUCCGACUCACAUCGUGACUGUGGCAGAUGACGUGUCUGUGCCUUAUUCGCGAGGCAAGCUCGUCGGUCGCCGUGGACUGGCUGGCGCUGUCUUAAUUCAUAAAGUCAGCGGAGCUGCUGCAGCCCGUGGAUUGGACCUGGCCGAGGUUGCUAAAGUCGCGCAGCAUGUAUCGGAUAACAUGGCCACCAUUGGAUGCUCAUUGGACUAUGCCAAUCUUCCCGGUGGUGUGGAUCAGCCUUCCAUCCCAGUGAACACCCUUGAACUAGGAAUGGGAAUUCAUAAUGAACCUGGUGCUCAGCGCAUUUCACCCCAACCUACAGUUGAACAGCUGGUCAGCAAAAUGUUGAAACUCCUGCUUACUGAAGACGAUCCCGAGCACGGAUUUUUGAAAUUCCAAGGAAUCCCCCAAAGCAAAGCUCAACUCGUCUUGAUGGUAAACAACUUGGGAGGCCUUUCAGUGCUCGAGCUCCAAGCUAUUGCCAACGUCGUUCUGGAAACCCUCAAAGACCAAUACAAUAUCCGACCGAUUCGAAUCUAUGUCAACACCUAUUUGACUGCGUUGGACGCACCUGGAUUCAACAUCACACUGGCCAAUCUUACUCCUGAAUUAUUCUCCUCUGACACCGACCUGUUAUCACUGCUGGAUGAGCCCGUCAAAUCAAACACUUGGACAUCGUGUCAACCAUUAGACGAAGAAACUGCUGCACAGAGAACUCCUGAGAAUGAGGAACGCUCCGACUCACCCAAGUUGAAGGAAGAGAUAAAAUGCGACGAGGCUGUUUUCACCGCCAUUCUCCAGAACAUUCUCACUCAGGUCACUGCAGAUGAACCAAAGCUCACAGAGUACGAUACACUGAUGGGAGAUGGAGACUGCGGCACAACACUGCUAGCAGGAGCCAAAGCUGCCUUCGCAGUAUCCAAGGAAGAAGACAAUCUCAAUAACCUGGCCAAGGGUCUAAUGAAGGUUGCUUCAUCUGUUCGAAGUGGUAUGGGCGGCACAUCUGGCGCUCUUUACGGUAUAUUCUUGAACUCCUUCGUAUCCGCAGUACAGAAAAAUUACACAGAGAUCAAGGAAGUGAACAUAAAACUCUUCUCCAAGAGUGCAACUCAGGCUCUCGAAACUCUGAAGGGUUACACCAAUGCACGCGAGAAUAGUCGGACAUUGAUGGACGCAUUAAUUCCGUUCAUUAAUGAGUUAUCGGUGGCAGUCUUUGAUGAUAAAGAAAGUGCUGCGAACGCAUUGCAGAGAGCUCAUAAGGCCGCUGAAACUGGGGCGGAGUCAACAAAGUGGAUCAAGUCAUCAUUCGGGCGCUCUACCUAUGUGGGUGCUAGUGAAGGUGAUGAUAACCCCACAAAGGGUAUCCCAGACCCUGGAGCAUGUGGAAUUGUUUCUAUUAGUACUGGUAUUCAGAGCGUGUUUAAAGUUGCGAACUAA